AUGUCCUCUAUUGUACAAGAUGCGAUUCUUCAAUCGCUGAACGAGGCGCAACGCCGCGCUGUGACUUCAACCGCAUCAACUGUAGCAAUCCUCGCCGGCCCUGGAAGCGGCAAAACCCAUACCCUUACAUCGCGGGUAGUAUGGCUUAUCCAGAGAGUUGGCUACCGUCCUUCCGAUGUCAUCGUCGCAACCUUUACCGUCAAGGCGGCCAGGGAGAUGAAAGAGCGAAUCGGGAAAACACUGGGCGAGGAAUGCGAAAAGAAGAUUGUGCUUGGAACAUUUCACUCGAUCGCUAGGAGAUAUCUAUCAAUAUACGGGAACCGAAUCGGAUUGGACUCCAAAUUCGGCAUCGCAGACGAUGGAGACUCCAGGGCAAUUAUCCAGAGAAUCUGCAAGAGGCUGAAACUCAAUAUCGAGCCGCAACAAGCAAAAUCAUGGAUCAGCAAAGAGAAGGCGAAAGGACCAGAUGCUAUGGCGCCACCUCCGACGCAGAAAGGAAGAAAAGAGAACCCGGAAUUAAGGACAUGCUACGAGGAAUAUCAGGCUCAACUCACAAGAUCAAAUUUACUGGACUACGACGAUCUCCUAGUCAAAUGCGUCGAGCUACUUCGAGACCACCCGGCUUGCGUUUCCAACGUUCAGACUGUCCUUAUCGACGAGUACCAAGAUACCAACGGCAUUCAAUACGAACUUAUGAAACUCUUCGCCCAAGCAAAACAACGAAUAACGAUCGUUGGCGACCCCGAUCAGAGUAUCUAUGGCUGGCGCUCAGCCGAAGUCAAAAAUCUCUUCCGUCUAUUGCGAGAAUAUCCCAAUACAGACGAAAUAUCACUAGAAGAAAACUAUCGAUCUUCACAGUCCAUCCUUGAUGUAUCACUUACUGUCAUACAGCAAGACACGAAGCGAUACAAGAAAGUUCUGCUGCCGGUCCACACUAAGGGAGCGCGACCGGUACUCAGAUCAUUAAAAAGCUCGUCUGCUGAAGGCGAAUGGAUUGUUUCAGAGAUUAAGCGAGCAGUCAUGAUGUUUGGAGAUAUGCUCAAGUUUGAAGAUGUUGCAAUUCUCUUGAGAUCCGCCGCCCUUUCCAGGCACAUCGAAUCAGCCCUAGGAAAAGCUGGCGUCGCAUAUCGGAUGAUUGGAGGACACAAAUUCUACGAACGAAAGGAGAUCAAAGUGUUAAUCGACUAUCUCCGGGUAGUCAGCCAACCUGACAACAAUGAUGCGCUAGCCAGGAUCAUCAAUGUACCCCGAAGAGGUAUUGGAGAGGCAACAGUCAAAGCAUUGAUCGAAGAAGCAGAGCAGUCUGACAUGAGUCUCUGGACCUUGAUUUUGAAACACUGCAGAGGCAAUCGGAAAGCCAAAGCCAACAUCAGACCUAAAAUGGAGCAAAAGCUCAAUACAGAACUCAUCCGCACUAUUACGAGUUUACAAAAGCAAGCUAGCGAAAUCAGCCAGAGCAGCCCUGUUACGUUGGUCAAUCUGAUAGAGCAAUUAUUAACACACCUCGAUUUUAAGAAGUAUCUGGAGGAAGAAUACACAGAGGAGCAUGAACAGCGAUGGGCUAACGUCCAAGAAUUUGUUAAUUUGGUCAGCGACUUCAUGAAAGACUUUGGCGCACCAGACGAAGACGCACUUCCGGAAAUCGACAACUUGGAUCAGGUAAAGGUGGACGAUAUGCUGGGUCGUUUUCUAGCCAACGUGGCGCUGGCGUCGGAUGCACAGAACAAGGGCGACACGACAGAACAGAAAUCACUGGUUACAAUCUCGACAAUCCAUGCCGCGAAGGGAUUGGAAUGGCCAGUGGUUUUUGUGCCAUCUGUCUACACUGGAUCAAUACCUCACUCAAGAUCUGAAGACACAGACGAGGAACGACGCCUCUUGUACGUGGCAAUGACACGAGCGAAAGCACUGUUGUACCUGAGCUGUCCACUUUACGGCUCCCAGGGGCUGAGCAGCAAAGUCGAGCUUUCACCGUUCGUAGCACCGUUCGCGUCCAAGGUCUUUGCCAAAAAGGGCCCAUCAUUUGAUCGAGCAGUUGUGGAGGGAGUUGCCAAAAUUCUUGGUCGAGAUGCCCCAUCUGAGAAAACGGUCUUUGGAAAGCUCCCGCCUAUGUUCUCAGUCGAGGACGAUAGGUUCCCUGUCGAUCCUGCCGACCACAAGAACGUCGAAAGGAUUGAUGAAGAAUCUGGUCGUCAGUACUCUCGCGCACCGAAGCGACAACGUGUUUCGCAUCCUACCACUUCUUAUGACGAAUCAGAUGAGCUUCCCUGGCAGAGAGAGUAUGCUACAACGAUGGAGAAGUCAUCUGAAUUCACGGUCGCUGCUUUGCCAGGCUUUACAACCGCCGGGGCUCAUAGAGUUGCUCUUGAUGCCGCUGCAGCAGCUGCACCACCACCAGACAGUUCGAAGCCUGGAGUGAAGAAGGGAUCAACCAAACGAGGUGUUGGCCAAAAGAGCAUGCUUGGAUGGCUCAACCAAGGGCCAAACGCUCCUAAACCCCCACCAGAGCCGCAGUCGCAACCGCAGAGUAGGUCUCUUGCGCAGGCUCGGUAUGAAUCUGCUUUGUCGCGGCAGAACAGCAGGUUACUCUCACUACCUGGACCACAAAAGCCGUCAAUUGAUCCUGAAUUGGCGAAACAUAAAUUGCCAACUGCACGACCUCUGGCAAAGCCAAACGUGCCCAAGAUCAGUGACGGUGUUCCGCAGAAAGCGUAUUCCUGCUUUUCUAGCUCACCUCCACGACCUCCAUCGAAAAUGGAGCCUGAAGAAGAGAAGAAGGAAGAUGUGGGAGAAGCAAUGCCUAACAAGCCUGCCUCAACUCUUCAUGCGACAACGUUCAUGUCGGUCAGGCCAAAUGGUGGUGUAAGACGACCUGUUGGACUGGGGCCAGCACCGACGAUGGAUCGAUUAAGAAAACCAUUCAAACCGCUGACGAUGAAUCGACCGCAACGGCCGAGCGGUUGA